ACAUUUAUACGUCAAUCGGAUUUCGAUUCACCCUUUUUAUUUUUUUAUAUCGAAAAUGUUCUCUUUACCGUGUAGAAAUAUAAGAAAGAUAUCUCCAAAGAAGCAUACGGUGUCCUUUGUGAGAUUUUACGACAUACCCAAACAUCUAGAAAAGGUCGCCACAGACACAGAUCCCAGUUUCUACAGGAUGGUGGAGUAUUUUUAUCAUUCAGCCGUAAAAGUGUGCGAGCCGUCCUUAGUGGAAUAUUUGAAGAAACACACACAUUUUUCUGAUAAAAAGAGGACUAAUCGUGUUGCUGGGAUAUUGAAGGUUAUGGGUUCGUGUAACAGUUCACUACAGUUCGAGUUCCCGUUACAACGCAAGAGUGGCGAGUACGAGAUCAUUCACGGCUACCGGUCACAGCACAGUGUGCACCGACUGCCAUGCAAAGGAGGCAUUAGAUUUUCGGACGAAGUAGAUCUGGAGGAAGUGAAAGCGCUAGCUGCUCUUAUGACCUACAAGUGCGCUUGCUCCAACAUACCAUUUGGUGGUUCCAAAGGAGGAGUGGCAAUUAAUCCGAAGAAGUAUACGGUAGCCGAAUUGCAGAGGAUCACCAGGCGGUACACACUGGAACUUGCAAAGAAAAAUUAUAUAGGUGCAGGAAUAGACGUGCCGGCUCCCGAUGUAAACACCUCUGGCAGAGAAAUGUCAUGGAUAGUAGACACUUAUAUAAAAACUCUAGGAUAUAAAGACCUAAAUGCAGCAGCUUGUGUGACCGGGAAGCCCAUUCACGGCGGCGGCAUCCACGGACGAGUGGAGGCGACCGGGCGCGGAGUCUUCAUGACCAUCAACAACUUCAUACAUGAGCCCAAAUAUAUGCAGAUGAUCAACGUCGAACCAGGGUUCAAAGGGAAAACGGCUAUAAUCCAAGGUUUCGGGAACGUGGGCAGUUACGCAGCCAUGUACCUGGAGCAGCAUGGUGUCAAGAUCAUCGGCGUCCUCGAGUUCGACUGCAACCUCGGCAGCAGUGACGGUAUCAAAGCAAAGGACCUUCACGACUAUAAAAUGAAGAAUAAAGGCAGCGCCAAGGGUUUCCCAGGUGCUAAGGAAGUCGGGCCGGAACUAUUGUUUGAGAAGUGCGACAUCCUGGUCGUGGCCGCUAAGGAGAAGACCAUCACUGUGGACGUUGCUAGGAAACUGAAUUGUAAGAUAAUCGGCGAAGGUGCAAACGGUCCAACGCUGCCGGCAGCUGACGUGGUACUUCGCGAGAAGAAAAUCCUGGUGCUGCCAGAUCUGCUGGCCAACGCUGGGGGUGUCACCGUCUCCUACUUCGAGUUCCUCAAGAACCUCAAUCAUGUCAGCUUUGGGAAGUUGAGCAUAAAGUUUUGGAGGGAUUCCAAUACAGCUCUUCUAGAUUCUGUGGAAAAAUCGUUAAAAAAGGCUAAUGUGGACGCAAAAGUGGUACCAACGGAGUUGUUCCAGACAAUGAUGUCGGGCGCCAGCGAGAAACACAUCGUAAACUCUGGUCUCGAGUACUCAAUGACAAACGCUUGUUUGAAUGUAAUGAGAGCGGCAACGGAACACAAUCUAGGUAUCGACCUGCGUACAGCUGCAUACAUUACAGCAAUAAAAAAGAUUUUCGUUACCUACGACGAACAAGGACUCGCCAUCUAAGUUAAUGUAAUAAUUAAACAUUAUUAGAACAUUGCCAUUCGAAAGGAUUGAACCACAGCACACUUAUCGUUCUGUGGACUGGACUAGACAUUUGACUAAAUAAAGCAAUUGCUAACAAUUCUAAAGUGUAAUUAAAAUCUACGGUUUCUUGACUAGUGUUUUAGUCAAAUCUUCAUUUUUACAGAUUCACUGUCUCUCGAAAUUUGGACUUAAAAUGCUUGUACUAAGGUUUAUAUUAAAUCGUAAACCUAUCGAUUUGCAACUGUUACAAAUGUACGAGUGUUAGCAACUGCGUUUCAUAAGAAAGCAUUACGGGUUGAUUAUUAAGUAUCGCCGCAGCAUUUGAUAUUUAUAUUAAACAGAUUUCUAUUCUCAGUUCUGUUAUUAUGUAUUUAACGAGAUUGCAGUACUAUUAUAGCUGCGAAGUAGGUUGAAGGGUGAUAUGCAAAUUUCGGUGGCAUAAUAUCUGAUCUUUCAGAAUAGCAACGCAUCAGUACCAUGGGUAUCACAUAAUGAUGUUAUGUUCGUAGAGCUGU